UCUAGUUCUAGUUCUAGUUCUAGUUCUAGUUCUAGUUCUAGUUCUAGUUCUAGUUCUAGUUCUAGUUCUUGUUCUAGUUCUUGUUCUAGUUCUAGUUCUAGUUCUAGUUCUAGUUCUAGUUCUAGUUCAAGUUCUAGUUCUGGCUGUAGUUCUAGUUCUUGUUCUUGUUCUUGUUCUAGUUCUAGUUCUAGUUCUAGUUCUAGUUCUAGUUCCAGUUCUAGUUCAAGAUAUUGUUCUAGUUCUAUUUCAUGUUCUAGUUCUAGUUCUAGUUCUAGUUCUAGUUCUAGUUCUUAUUCUAGUUCUUGUUCUUGUUCUAGUUCUAGUUCUAGUUCCAGUUCUAGUUCAAGAUCUUGUUCUAGUUCUAUUUCAUGUUCUAGUUCUAGUUCUAGUUCUAGUUUUAGUUCUAGUACUAGUUCUAGUUCUAGUUCUAGUGCUAGUUCUAGUACUAGUUCUAGUUCUAGUUCUAGUUCUAGUUCUAGUUCUAGUUCUAGUUCUAGUUCUAGUUCUUAUUCUAGUUCUAGUUCUAGUUCUAGUUCCAGUUCUAGCUCUAGUUCUAGUUCUAGUUCUAGUUCUAGUUCUAGUUCUAGUUCUAAUUCUAGUUCUAGUUCUAGUUCUAGUUCUAGUUCUAAUUCUAGUUCUAGUUCUAGUUCUAGUUCUAGUUCUUGUUCUAGUUCUAGUGCUAGUUCUAGUUCUAGUUCUUGUUCUAGUUCUAGUUCUAGUUCUAGAUCUAGUUCUAGUUCUAGUUCUAGUUCUAGUUCUAGUUCUAGUUCUAGUUCUAGUUCUAGUUCUAGUUCUAGUUCUAGUUCUAGUUCUAGUUCUAGUUCUAGUUCUAGUUCUAGUUCUAGUUCUAGUUCUAGUUCAAGUUCUAGUUCCAGUUCUAGUUCUAGUUCUAGUUCUAGUUCUAGUUCUAGUUCUAGUUCUAGUUCCAGUAUUAGUUCUAGUUCUAGUUCUAGUUCUAGUUCUUGUUCUUGUUCUAGUUCUAGUUCUAGUUCUAGUUCUAGUUCUAGUUCUAGUUCUAGUUCUAGUUCUAUUUCAUGUUCUAGUUCUAGUUCUAGUUCCAGUAUUAGUUCUAGUUCUAGUUCUAGUUCUAGUUCCAGUUCUAGCUCUAGUUCUAGUUCUAGUUCUAGUUCUAGUUCUAGUUCUAAUUCUAGUUCUAGUUCUAGUUCUAGUUCUAGUUCUAGUUCUUAUUCUAGUUCUAGUUCUAGUUCUAGUUCUUGUUCUAGUUCUAGUGCUAGUUCUAGUUCUAGUUCUUGUUCUUGUUCUAGUUCUAGUUCUAGUUCUAGUUCUAGUUCUAGUUCUAGUUCAAGUUCUAGUUCUAGUUCUAGUUCUAGUUCUAGUUCUAGUUCUAGUUCUAGUUCUAGUUCUAGUUCUAGUUCUAGUUCAAGUUCUAGUUCCAGUUCUAGUUCUAGUUCUAGUUCUAGUUCUAGUUCUAGUUCUAGUUCCAGUAUUAGUUCUAGUUCUAGUUCUAGUUCUAGUUCUUGUUCUAGUUCUAGUUCUAGUUCUAGUUCUAGUUCUUAUUCUAGUUCUAGUUCUAGUUCUAGUUCUUGUUCUAGUUCUAGUGCUAGUUCUAGUUCUAGUUCUUGUUCUUGUUCUAGUUCUAGUUCUAGUUCUAGUUCUAGUUCUAGUUCUAGUUCAAGUUCUAGUUCUAGUUCUAGUUCUAGUUCUAGUUCUAGUUCUAGUUCUAGUUCUAGUUCUAUUUCAUGUUCUAGUUCUAGUUCUAGUUCCAGUAUUAGUUCUAGUUCUAGUUCUAGUUCUAGUUCCAGUUCUAGCUCUAGUUCUAGUUCUAGUUCUAGUUCUAGUUCUAGUUCUAAUUCUAGUUCUAGUUCUAGUUCUAGUUCUAGUUCUAGUUCUUAUUCUAGUUCUAGUUCUCACGUGACCUUCCAGAAGGAUUGCAAGGGUUCUUUUUCUGCUACAAAUUCAAACGGGGCAACAUCAAGAAGACCACCAUCAAACCGACAGGUGCUGGACAGACAAGUCCGAGACGACACCAGCCCAGACCAGACCAGACCAGACCAUUCUUACUCCUCCAAAGUGGCCCCAUGUGAUCCAAACGGUCAUCCAAACAGUCAGCUUCUUCUGGCAGCCGGGAAAAGGGCCAUGGCAUUAUCGGAUAAGCCGAUUACGGUGUCUGUGUCACAUGCACCAACAGCUGAACUCCCGAUGUGCUAG